AAUUGAGUAUACAAUUUUUUUAGAAACAGUGAAAGCCUCACAGAAAUUUCGACUUUUGUGCUAAAUUUUUGAAAUGGCCCUUAAUUUUAGCGCACAGCAGUUCGAGGGCCGGUUCCAGUCGAAGCGCCUCAACAACUGGGAGUAUCCGCGAUUCUCACCACCCCGCCCGCGUGGACUGCAGAAGAACGCCAAGGUUGUGGCGGCCAAGAACGGCCACCUGCUGUCCGGAGUGAUUAAGGAGGGCAACUCUUUUGGCCAAUAUCGCGGAACCUACGAGCUACCGCGGCGUAUUACCCGUGCCUUUUGCGCCCACUACGAUGCCUGCCUGAGUGGGCGGUACAAGUUCGUCGACUUUCCGCGUGACCUGUGCAACUGCCAGCGGGAGAACCGCAGGGCACUGGCCUGCGACCAGCGGUUGACCUUGGGCCACAAGGACGAUCCCUACUGGAUGCACGAGCGGUGCCAGACGAAGUGCGAGGGACUACAGAAGCUGAAGGAUCUGAGCGAGCGGAGUGAGCGCUGCAACCGGGCCAAGUGCGGCGUGGUGAGCGAGAAAACCGUGAAGAGGACCCCCAAGGCAGUCAAGGCGACGUGCGUGGCCACCGAAAAGCGGCGUCGAAAGCGCACCAUAAACGCCUUUGCCCGAGGACGAACGGCGUUGCAUCCCAAUGAGCUGACCAAGCCAAGUCCAUCGUCGGAGAAAGCUGCCGCCACUCCCAGCAAGCCGAAGGAUAAGCCAAAGGACAAGGAGGCGAGCAAGAAGGAUAAGGCGAAGGAUAAGGGCAAGGAGAAGGAGCGCAAGGCGGCGAAGGGCCAUUAGUAACACUUCAUUAUUUUGU